UGCGUCGUUUACUGCGCUGACUGAUCGCAAACCGAGCGGUUCGUAGCGUACACCGAUCCAUAACCCGAGCAUUACUUUCGGUCACUGUUGGCCGCCGGAUCGCAGCAAGGUAAUAGCCACAUACCUGUGUACUUCCGUAGACCGUGUGUGUGAGUGUGUUUGCGUGUGUGUGUGUGAUAUCAACAUCCGCAUCCUGACAUCCUUUGGCAGGUGUCAUACGGUGCGAUACGAGUGCAGUGAAGUUCGAUCCUCACAGAUCAUUUGUUGGCGACCUGGAUCCUGACAGAGUGCGUUAAACGAUCGCCAGUGGUGAUCCCAAUUCCUAUUUCCGGGGAGGGCGUGGGGAAGGUGACCGAAACGCAGGGAGGACAGUAAGCGUUUCUUGGAGUCCAAGUUUGGGUGUCAGUGCGUGUGAAAAUCGGAGUGAGUUUGGUGCGUUAAGCUUAAGUGCCGGCUGCUUCGAUCUCGGACCUCACAGUGUGAGUUUUUUUUUUGCUAGUGGUGCUCCUGAAACGUCUCUACAUACCCAGCGCUGCAACGAUGGCACCGAACGUGCUCGGCAAUACGAUACUGCUGGCCGAGGCUUGCAUCGAGCAGGAGGAUCGCAACAAUAACAAUGCAUCGGUUGGCGGCACGCAACAGUACAAGAACAAAUCCUUCCUGAACGUACCACCGAAACCGACACCGCCCGUUACGGACGAAAUAAAGCCAACAGAUGUCGCAAAGCUACCGAGUGCGAGUACGAGACGCCAGUAUCAUCAUGUGUACGUGUGGCGAAACAUUAUCGCUUUCGUCUAUCUGCAUCUUGGCUUUCUGUAUGGCAGUUAUCUGUUGGUAACCUCAGCUAAAUGGAGCACAUUUUUCUUGGCACUCAUCUUGGGCUCGUGUGGCGCACUGGGCAUUACGGCCGGAGCCCACCGGCUCUGGUCGCACCGGGCGUACAAGGCGAAGUGGCCGCUCCGUCUGUUCCUGAUGCUAGCGCAAACGCUAGCCUUCCAGAACAGCGUGUACGAGUGGGUGCGGGAUCACCGUGUCCAUCACAAGUUUACCGAUACCGAUGCCGACCCGCACAAUGCGACCCGCGGCUUCUUCUUCUCGCACAUCGGCUGGCUGAUGGUGAAGAAGCACCCGGACGUGAAGACGCGCGGCCAAGCCGUCGACAUGAGCGAUCUGGAGCAGGACGCGAUCGUAAUGUUUCAAAAGCGCUACUACGCCCUGCUGAUGCCACUGUUUUGCUUCGUCCUGCCAACGUUCCUGGCGUACUACUAUCUGGACGAAACGUUCUCGAACGCCUGGUACGUGGUGGCGAUCUUCCGGUACGUCCUGUCGCUUAACGCUACCUGGCUGGUGAAUAGCGCGGCACACAUCUGGGGCACAAAGCCGUACGAUCGUAAUAUCUCCCCGACCAACAACACGUUCGUAGCGAUCGCGGCUUACGGCGAAGGUUGGCACAACUAUCACCAUGUGUUCCCGUGGGACUACAAAACGUCCGAGCUGGGCACGUACAGUACGAACUUCACGACGGCAGCGAUAGACUUUUUCGCCCGGAUCGGUUGGGCGUACGAUCUGAAGUCGGUGUCGGACGAUCUGAUACGGAAGCGUGUGUUGCGCACCGGAGAUGGCUCGCACGAUUACAAUGAGCAGGAGCUGAACGCACGCAUGGUGGACUACAUUAACCAGCUGGAUCACGAAUCGGAGCAAGCGGUUUGGGGCUGGGAUGAUAAGGAUAUGAACGAGCAGGAUCGUCAGGAUGCCACUGUUAGGAAUAAGGCCGACUAGGUAGUGAGAGCUCGUGAAGGGUAUAUGCGGUAGAGACUAGGGCUGGGGAGGGCAUACAAUUUUUGCACACAGAGAGAGAGUGUGUGAGACAGUGGCACGGGCUGUACGAUUUUAGGGACAUAGCACUGGGAGAUGUUACGUUAUGUUUUUUUUUUUUACUAUUUCUAAACUGUCUAAUCCUUCGCUCACGCACACAAACACUGCACACCCAAAGUCUUUUCGUGCUGAGAGGUCUUGGGGAUGCACGCAAAUCAAUUCCUUUAGCGUAGAGAAAAAAAAAACACACAAAAACUAGUGCGUUCAUGACGUUCAACGCUUUCCUUUAAGCUUAUGCGAGUUUAAACAGUUUGCCUUUGAUUUGUUUAACGUUUUUUCGGGUCCCAGGCCCCCCUUAAAGGGGCUCCUCUCGAUGUGCGAGGGGGUUUUUUAUCUCAUAGAAAAGAAAAAAAAUGAAUAAUACAACCGACAUUGCGACAAGCACGAAUUGACGGAAGUGAAGCGAGGGAACGAAACAACAACCAAUGAAUUUUGAAUUUUGCGACGCCUUAGAAUGAGCCUUUAGCGCGGGAGGCCGGACCUGACAAACCACGGCCUAAGGGAAGAGGGAAGGGCUGAGAGCGAGAGCGGGGCCGGGCAAAGAUCGCACCUGAGACAACAAGUGUCGCUGUUUAUUUAUUUGUCUAUCGUCUAUCUUAGUAUUUAGCUUAAGCUUGAAUUUAAAUAAAACACCACAAACAGAA